CGGAAACCUGCAAGAGACAAAAGUUCCAUGUUGCAGUUCCAGUCAUGCCGAGCGCCAAGGGCUGACGGGAGCCUCUACCAAUCACGACCCAGCCUUUGUAGGCAUGUUCUCUGGGCAGACCAUUUUCCGGCGCUUUGUUCGAACGGAACUCUGCUACCCUACCACGCGAAGAGGGCAGUGCAAUACCGCAAACACCAACAACUUUUGUUCGCCUUUAUGAACGGAAUGGGGAAACCUUGUAGACAAGUCAGUCUGGCGGUCGGUGGCCGGCCUAUACCCGAUCAGCUACCGAACAAGUAGAGGCACCACAUGGCCAUCAUUGAGCCACCUGAGGCGGAUAGCACUUGCAUCAGACCGGUAACAGCAACGAACUGCAUGUGGUCGAUGCCCGUCCACAUACCGCACCUAUAGGUGUAUAAAAAGAGAGAAACUCCUCCCCGUCUCUGUACUACAUCACCCUUUCUAGGUAGAUACCUCGUACCCAGUCAAAGUAGGUAUCGAGCAUAUCUGCCCAUUCAGACAAGAUGGCCUCCUACAAGAUUGCCGCUCCCGAUGAAUACCUUGCCAUCACUGGCAUGGGUGUCAAGACCCUCAAAAUCACUAAGGCGGCAUGGGUUUGGCCUUUCCAGCGCUGCAUGCGCUUCAGCGUGCAACCCCACGACUACGCCAUGAGCCUCCAGGCCAUGACCAAGGAAAAGCUGCAAUUUCUCCUCCCCGUCGUCUUCACCGUCGGUCCCGAUGUCAACCAGCGAGGUGCCAACAUCCGCAUGUUCCAUGAUGAGCCCGCAAAACGCAGCAAUGAAGAUGAUGUGGCCACGGCCGUCUCCGACUCGGCAGUUCGCCGCGAAGACCGGGGCGAUGCCCUUAUGAAGUUCGCCAUGCUCCUGGCCGAUUCGGGCCGCGACAAAGGUCCCAACAACCAUGACUUUCUCGAGGGCAUCGUCAAGGGCAUCAUCGAAGGUGAAGUCCGUGUGCUUGUCUCGGCCAUGACCAUGGAAGAGAUCUUCUCGGAGCGUGAAGUGUUCAAGCGACGCAUCUUCCGCAACAUCCAAUCCGAACUGGACCAAUUCGGCCUCAAGAUUUACAACGCCAACGUCAAGGAGCUCAAGGACGCUCCGGGAUCGACCUACUUUGCCUCGCUGUCCCAAAAAGCGCACGAAGGUGCAACCAACCAAGCCCGGAUUGACGUCGCCGAGGCCCAGCUUCGCGGUAACGUGGGCACGCAGAAGCGCAAGGGUGAAGAAGCGCGGGAGGUUGCCAAGAUCCAGGGAGAGCAGGACCGCGAGCUGGCCAAGAUCCAAGCCGAGACGCAGGUCCAAAAGACGGAGCGGGACAUUGAGAAGGCGACAGCCGAGGCCCUCCUCAAGACACGGCAAGUCGAGCUCGACAGGGACGUGCAAAUUGCGGGGAUCCAAGCCGCGCGCAAUACCGAGGCGGAGGAUGAGACCCUCAAGCGCGAGGUGCAGAUCAAGCGCGCCGCGGCCGAGAUGGAGCGUCUCCGUGCCACGGACGUGGUUAAGGCGAGCAUCGCGCGUGAAGCCAAGCAGCAAGCGGCCGACGCCAAAGCGUACGAGAUCGAGAAGGAGGCGCAGGCCAACUAUGAAAAGGCCAAGCAGCACACCGAGGCGGACGUGUAUGAGACCAAGGCAGGUGCCGACGCGCAGGCGUACGCGGCCAUCAGGCUGGCGGAUGCGGAACUCCAGCAGAAGCUGAGGGCGGCGGAGGGUAUGAGCGCCAUGGCGGAGGCGUACGCCAAGAUGAGCCACGCGUUUGGCGGUCCUCAGGGCCUGCUGCAGUACAUGAUGAUCGAGAAGGGCACGUAUGUCGAGCUGGCCAAGGCGAAUGCUGAGGCUAUCAGGGGAUUGCAGCCCAAGAUCAGCGUCUGGAACACGGGCGCCGAAGCGGGCUCUUCGGGUGGUGCUGGCGAGCAGCAGAGCAGCAUGGCGACUAUGAGGAACAUCUACCAGAUGCUGCCGCCGUUGAUGACAACCAUCAAUGAGCAGACGGGCAUCACGCUGCCAGAGUGGCAGUUUGGACGGAUGGCUGGACAGAUGUCGGAGGUGGAGAGACGGGGACAGGCAUCCAACGGACAGAAGGAGUAGGAGUCCUGUCACUGAACUGGUGAUUCUUUUCUUUCAUGUGGGUUUGGCUUCUUUCUCGUCUUUCCUUUUUCUUCUUUUUCUUUUUGUUCCUGUUUGGUAAUGGAUGAUACCACGGUUGGGGUUCGCUUCUUUCAAGUCUCCACCCCAUGUUCUCUGGCAGGAUGUGCCCCAUGGCCCCCCUCUCUUAAUAGUUCUUUCCUAUGGUCUACCUAGGUACCCAAUACGUUGCUCUUUCCUCUUUCCUUCGAAACCUGAAUGGUUAGACAGAUAGACCCACUUUAAUGCUUACUGUGAUUGUGUACAAUUUCCGUGGAUGUCUCUGAAUCACCAAAACAGAAACUGGAGGAACGAGUGAUGCCUUUACUUGGUAGAGGUAGGCAGACCUGACAUUUGUUCGGCGUGAAGAACAUAUUCGGGAUUUGACAUGUUGAUUGGAGGUUCGGGUCAAGCACGAUGGGAGAUAAUGAUGGCUUCCCGGAAACACCUAUGGUUAGGUAGCAUGAGCUGAUGGAGCGGGAUGAAUGAGAUAAGGGAGGUUGCCUUGUACCUUGCCCUGAGCCUUCCCUCUCAACAAUUUGUUCAAGAUGCAUGGGGUGGAGUCCCUCGCUUAC